CACUCUGCUGCACAGCCAUCACGAUGCAACGUCUUCUUGUUCUCGCCUGCCUGGUGGCCGUGGUCGUCGCCGACAGCUACAAGACGCCCAUCCCGAUCCUCAAGGACGACCGCACACAGAACGCCUACGGCGAGUACACCUUCGACUUCGAGACUGGAAACGGCAUCGCCAGGAACGAGGCCGGAAAACAGGCUGAUGGCCAGGAGUCCUCGGGAGGAUGGAGCUACACCGCUCCCGAAGGCGUGCCCAUCAAGCUCAGCUUCACCUCCGGUGUGGGCGGCUACCAGCCCGUGGGCGACCACCUCCCCGUGGCACCCACGCCAGUGCCUCUUCCCUACGAACGUCAGGACUACUAAAUCUAUCGUGCUUUCUCUUCCAUUUCGUCUUUUAUAUUCUGCUAAAUUCACACUAGUGAUGUGGUAGAUUCAAAGAAUAAUUCUCAUCACCAUAUUUGUCCUACUAGUCUUGUAUUUAUUUCUUCGCUAUUUAUGGAACGAAACUCGUUCAUGUAUGCUUACCUCCAAUAAAGCUUCGACCAUGCAA